AAGAAAUUCUAUAGGCGCAAUCACUGUACUUUUCACAAUACGUGUUCUAUUGAUACCAGGAUCGCAGUCCAUAUUUAAAAAAAGAAGAAUUUUCAUAGAAUACAAACCCGUUUUAAGUGCAGAGAGGUUAAAUGUUUUGCACACGCCACGCAAAAAAUAAGGCACAACGAGGUAACGCCCGGAGCUAGGCCAGUGCUGGCCUAGCGAAGCUCCUGAGAUUCCUACCCAGCUCGGCCCCGGUACACGUGCUUGCACGGCCGUAAACAACUAGUCAAGUGCAUCUAUAUCUAGUACCGUGUGCAAAGACUCGACAAAAACUGACUGAGUUUGCUGGACAAUCUCCCAAGUUCUUCGUUUUAAACCGUAAAUUUAAAGAAGAAUCAUGUCUCUACUUGCAGUUUGCACUCUUGCCGGGCCUGGAGAAGUAAAGGGGGUCAUCAACUUUGAGUCAAAAGAGGGUGGUGUGAAUGUCAGCGGUACAGUGACUGGCCUUGCCCCUGGUCAACAUGGCUUCCAUAUUCAUCAGUUUGGAGACAACACGAAUGGAUGUGUUUCCGCUGGAGGUCACUUCAAUCCUAAUGCUAAAACACAUGGAGCACCAGAAGACGAAGAGAGACAUGUUGGAGAUCUUGGUAACAUCGUAGCUGAUGACAGUGGAACGGCCAACGUAAACAUCACGGACAGACAACUCUCUCUGUCUGGACCUCAAUCCAUCAUUGGACGCUCGGUGGUGGUGCAUGCCGACAUCGAUGAUUUGGGGAAAGGUGGUCACGAGCUCAGCAAGACCACGGGUAACGCUGGAGGGCGUCUUGCUUGUGGAGUCAUCGGAAUCAAGAAGGCUUGACUAGAUGCACCACGACUCUGAACCUUGCGCUCAAACAUUCAUUAAUAAUCUCGGAUGGAUAUAUAUAUGUAUAUGUGUGACCACUUUGAUUUGUUCGAUGCAAUUACGUGUAGAUAGUGAGUGGGCUUUUUGUUGGAAUGAUCAUUGAUUACACCAGAAUUUUGCAAUGUGUUUGUAUAAGAUCAGUGACUGUCUAGUUUAAUUGAAUUAAUUUUUAAUAUUGAUUUGUCUCACUGUCAUUUCACACUGAUUAAUUAAGCCAGUAUUAAUUCUAAAAGAAAAUAUCUAUCAAGUGGAAUCUUUAUGCUAAAAAGUUUAAUCGGUCCUUGCUCAAAGUUCUCUUUGCAUUUAUAUUCACAUGAACACGAGGGGUGAAAUGAAUGGAAUAAGGUGCUGAUGUAGCAUUUGAAGUAGAAUUCUUAAUAAAUUGUAAUAUUUUACAUCAUGGCCAAGGUCAAGUAGACAACUUUGUAUUACCGUCACUUGGAAAAACAAUUUUGAAUUUUUGUCCCCUUAUUCUACGACUUAUUUGGCGCUGUAAUAUGCGUCUUUGCUGUGUUGAAAAGCAAUUUAUCUUCUGUACAAUCAUGUUUAAAAUGAUAUUCAAGAGCAAUGGGUGUAAAUUUCUCAUUUUCAGUUUUCAAGGUGAAUAUGAAAUUGUUUGGAGCAGGGACUGCAAAAGCCCAUAGAAUCAUUUUAUUUUAUGACCAGAUGAGUUGCUGUAGUUCACAAUGCAUGUGUCAGAGUUGUGUCGAGAAACUAAACUAGGAAGUUGGAGCAUUUUUCUUCCUUUACCUGUCUGAUAAUUGACUAUCAACAGUGUUUACUGCCUCGUUGCUAUAUACAUGUAUAUAACGUAAGACAUUUUUUCUUACCAUCAGUUAAUAACCAUCACGGCUUGUAUUCCACAUUUUCCAGCUAAUUUUUCCUCCACGCGUGAAUUGUCAUUGAGCAUAUUGUAGCAUUGUAAGGAAAGAGAAAAACGAUUAUAAAAGUACUGUUAUUCAUGAUGAGAGUUUCCGGCAAAGAUUGUCGACUUGUAUUUGUAUCGAUAGAUUUAUAUUUUGUUAAAAAAGAUGACUUUUCGAGAAAUGAGUUUUGUCUCCUGUAACUAGACUUGUGAUUUAUCUGAUAUUUUCCAGACACUUUAACAAGUGCAUACAUGUAGAUUUUUAUCUUUGCAAGUUUAAAUUUUUUUUUUCAAAUGUCUUCUCCAUAGACUAUAAAAGGAAAUAAAAAUAUAUCUCUAAGCACUAUCAAUUGCUGGUUAUAUUGUAAAACUAAACAUAUGUCAUGUACAUGCACUCAUACAUGCAUUUGCUUUGAAGAUGAUCGUGAGCCAAGCUCUUAAGUAUGUCUCAUAAAAGUACAUUGGUAUUGAAAUGAAUAUAGUUUAUUAAAGAGAGAAAAAAAGUU